AUGGUCGGGUGCCCCGGGUGAAUUGGAGAGGUAAUUUACGUACCAAUGGAAUGGUCUACAAAUAACAAACUCCGCACACUGGGCCUUUUAAAACGAACUCGCCCACUUUAUAAACAACCAAAUUACAGCGCUCAGAGGAUAAAUCUGCUGCCCCGCCCAAAUCUCAAUUAGACUACGCUCCGCCAACUACAGAAACUGGUGAGGAAAGCAGUUCGUUUAGACUAAACUUUAGAGUAAAACAACAAUCGGAAAGGGGUCUCAAAAAUACUUUCACAACACAGCAAAACAAUUAAAGGAGCGCAGUAUCAUUCUCGUAACCGAAUUGUCCAGGUAACCUCAAAAUUCUCCGGACAUCAUAGGUCUUUGUUUAUAAAUCUGCAGAUGGGUGGAAACUAUCCUAUCAACAUGUUUAAUUCACUCCAGGCGGGUUGGGAGGACAGAGAAGCCACGAUGGUGAAUCUGAAAAACGUAUCUCCUCCAAGUGAAGGAAUACGGUACAAUCAAGGUGAAAUCACCGCUGUUUGGAAUGGCGAAGGGCUUGGACCAGGGACUCUGUACAUUGCAGAAACAUGUGUAUCAUGGUUCGAUGGGUCUGGAAUGGGGUUUUCUUUGAAAUACCCGUCAAUCAGCCUCCAUGCAAUCUCACGCGACUUUACCGCGUACCCAGGAGAGCACCUGUACGUCAUGGUCAACACCAAACUCAACGGUAACUGUGAGAAGGAUGUGGAGGAAGAGGAUGAGAGUACCGAUGAUGACUGCGACGCUGAUUCUAUAAGUCCUGUUACAGAGAUCUGUUUUGUGCCCAGUGAUAAGGCUACCUUGGAGCCCAUUUUCUCAGCCAUCUCUGAAUGCCAGGCCCUGCACCCUGACCCUGAAGACUCCGACUCUGACUUUGAGGGAGAUGAGUACGACGUUGAAGAAGCUGAACAGGGUCAGGUAGACCUGCCCACAUUUUACAACUUUGAGGAGGGUCUGUCCCAGCUCAACCUGGAGGGCCAGGCCACCCUGGAAAGACUGGAGGGGAUGCUGGCCGACUCUGCAUCCCAGAAACACCACUGCAUGGCCGGGGUCAGGCCCGAGGACACCCCAACAGGAUGCUGCAAUGAAGAAUGUUAUGAACAUCAUUGACCACGAAGUCUUGGACACAAAGGAGAGAAAAGCAUCGAUGAGGGACUUGAUGUUCUGCUGUCACUGUAUCAGGCUGAGCUGUGAGCAAGCAACUGUUAUGUUCCAGUCAGACACACUGUGAAAAAGACAGUGCCUCAACCACUCUGUGGAGCAAUUCAUGGUGUGGACUCCACCACUAUUAGCUCUGACAGGAUGCAACUGUGGAAAAUGCACAAAAUAUAUGGCAAGAGUUAAAAUUGUGUUUUUGUGUGUUAUGGUUUGAUUGGCCUCUGGGCAUUUAGCCAACUGGAGACGAUUAAGGUGCUUUGUUCCUCCACCGUGCUAUCAGGACAAUCCAUUACCUCAGGAAAAUCCAGUCUGCUCUGUGCAUCAGGGACUUUAGUAGUGCUGAGUGAUUAUUGCUUUUUGAGGUUGGUUGGUUUUGGUUCGAUUAUUACAAAAUUAUCAUGGAUUUUCAGUUUUCGAUAUUUAAAAAAACAAACAAAUGCACAAUACAUUGUUGGUUGAAUGCUAUAACAACACAUAAAACAAAAGUGCCACGAUGGUGUGAAAAAUGUUUAGAAGGAAAAUAGUAUCAAUGUAGCUCAUAAAAAUGACAACAUUCCUUAUUUAGGAGUUCAAUUUACUCAAAUUAAGUACAUUUAUUAUGACAAACAGUAGGCACAAUUGACACUGAUGCUCCUUGGAAUCAUUGGUAACCCAGUACCGGUAACUCAUGACAGUACUUUUGAGUGCCCAUACAUAGACCAACAUACAGUACUGUAUAAGUGUGUGAAUCUAUUAAAUAAACCAUUUGGAAGUUGAUUACAUCUAAA